CUGUAAAUCAGUUAUCAGUGAUUCCCGUGUGAUGGACGCAGGUGAAAGAAAACUCGUUAGUGAUGAAAAGUCAAAAAAUUUACUCUAAUACUCUGAUAAUAAGACAUGAAUGACUGUUUAUAACGCUAUUCAAACAAUCAUCGAUAAGUUGGUCAAUUAUAGAACAAAUAAAAUGUACUAAUGGAAUAAAAAGUGCUAAAGGUACUCAUAUGUUGCAAUGAAUCUCUGGUACGUAAUUUAUGGGGUCGCUAGAAAACUGCGUUUAUCGCGAUCCGCCCCGCACGGGCUCUCUUUAUCAACUGAUUGAUGAUCAAUGGCUCUAUUUGAGAGAAAAUAUACAAAUAAAGUGUUAUUAGAUGAUACUGAAACUUUGGUAAGCGUAAUUGAAAAUGCAAGAACUAUUGAUGGUCAUACAGAAUACGUGAUCAGAACACAGAGAGGCCCCUUACCCGAAAAAUCUUGGCGUGUUAGUAGACGUUACAAUGACUUCGUACAACUCAAUGGAGUUUUAUCUAUGUCAGGCUUGGACCUGCCGUUACCUCCUAAAAAAAUUAUUGGUAAUAUGGAUGUAGAAUUUAUAGCCCAACGUCAAAUCGCCUUGCAAAAUUAUUUAAACGUUGUACUAAUGAAUCCCAUAUUAGCUUCAUCGUUGUCUAUGAAGCAUUUCCUCGACCCCAACAAUUACGCUAUACCUUUACAUGAAAUAGCAUUACAACAAGUGUCUCUAGCAUUGAGAAGCGAUGCAAAUUUCGAAAUUGGAAAGCCAAUUGUCGACAUGGGAUGGCGGCUAAGAAAGUAUUACUAUACCGUAAAAAAUCGUCAAACUAUAAAGCAAGAAUUGCUCUUGGCUUGGGUAGAAUUUGGACCUGAUAAACAUUUACAAGACAAAGAUAUCCAGGGUGUUUUCAAAAGCCUGGGAACAUUGAAGCACCCUCACAUUGAGAGCAUAGUUCAUCAGCAUGUAACCGACAAUGGUGCUUUGACAAUUAGAAACUUUUACAACAAUGGUACCUUGCGUGACGUUCUUUGUAGCUCAAAACCAAAGCAACCGUUCAUUAAAAAGUACGGAAAUCCAAAGCAACCAAAAUCACUGAUCACAUCUGAAAUCGCCACGUACGCAUAUCAGAUUCUUGAUGCACUGAGUUAUCUCGCUGAAAAAGGACUACCUUACGGUCAUUUACAUACCGGUAAUGUUCUUAUAACACCAACGGGAGCUAAGCUACUGGACAUAGAAAAUGGAUUGCUGGGUUUGCCAGCUUUUUAUCGGCCUUACGUUGUCCAGAGGCGAAAGCUUCAUGCCACUACUCAGGUAGACGUCUAUUCAUUUGGACACGUGUUGUACGAAAUGGCAUUUGGCAGGCCAUUGCUAGAAGCAACUUGCACUGACAUUCCUUACUGCGAUCCUCAUUUGAAAAAUCUUUUGGAGGUAAUUCUUUCACCUGAAGCACUCAAACAAGAUCUUCCUACUAUUGCUCGGCUUAUUGAGCACCCGUUCUUCGAAACUCCUAGACGUGCUGCUGCGCUAUCUGCUAAUCCUGUUGAAAAACCCCAUUUUAAAUUGAGCAGCCAUCUCAAAGAUGCUCUUUUGGAUGCUGCUAAUAAAGCAGAGCAAAGACUGAGAGAUGAACAGAAAGUUGUUAGACACCAAAAGAGACUUGUUAAAGUCCAGGAAUUGAUGAGCUCUGAAGAAGAGAUGAAAAAACGAAAACAAAAAUUGAAAAAAGAAACAAAAUUGGCCCAAGAACAACAAUCAUCAAGUCAACUCAAUAGUUCCAAUGGUAAAAGCCCAGAAAGGUCAGAUAGUCCUACAAGUACAUCUACUACGACUAGUCUCGGUACUUUUACACCUCCAUCACACGGUGUGACUACAAUAUCGAGCAACGCCGUAAAAAAUAAUAAUGAAAACCAUGUGCCAUUCACGGAUGCAUCAGCUGGUGCUUUAAAUGUACCAACAGGUACAAAUGAUCGUUCUGCCUUAUUAGGCAGUAUAUGUAAUUUUAAUAAAGGAAAAUUACGCAAGAUUACCAAUGGUAAUCAUUAAAAUUAGCUUUACUCAUUAAAAUAAAUAUUAUAAAAAUGUGAUUAAAUAUUAAACAUUAAAUAUAAUUAAACGGCUAUAUACUGUACAUAAGAUAGUGGUUCUGUCGUAUAGAAACUAAAGUCAAGUCUUGUCCCGUUUAAUAUACAUAGAAUUAUUCUUAUUUCUCCUCACAAUUUAUCGAAAAAAAAUGUACCUUACGUAUUAAUUAAUAUAAAUAAUUAAAUAAUUUUAUCUUGU